CUGCAUUCCGAAUAUACAUGAGCGUUUCCUUUCCACUGAAGGUAUAGGACUUUUCCUCUCUCUUUUCACUUCUUCCCCGUGGAUGAUGCAGCGAUGAUUUUCCUCUUGACUAUAUUGGCAACUGUUUUCCAGACAGGUUGGUGACACUUAUUUCGGUUUUAUAUGACAUUUCCUCAAUUUUAUAUUGUUGAUUGAAAUUAAUGCAUUGCAUAUGUUCGAUACUUGUUUGCUUGCAGCAGACUGGCGGUAGUGAUUAGUACUAGCAGCUAUAGUCAUUCAAGUUGCCACCUGACACUGUAGGCCUACAAAUUAUGAACGGAGCAGAAGGGUCAGAGUUAUUUUGCGAAUGGAGGGGGACUCUUGCCUUGUGACAUUUGUGUGAUUGCAGUUUCGUGAGUUGCUAAUAUUGGAGGGCCAGGGUAGAAGUUCAAGCCGGUUUUAAUCAUAGCCGCUGUAAGAUUAACUUUUUCAUAGGCUACAUUACCAUUCAAACGCGUAGAUAGCCUAUUUAUCGUCACUGGAAGUUGUCUUGAUAGUGUUUUCCUAUGUCAACGCUACGGAGUUCUAAUGCCGCGUUCACAACAACUGGGUUCGAAAGAAAACGAGCUCCGACUGGGAAAAAUAAUUUUCGACCUGAAGAUCACGGAGGUCAUGAUUUCACCUCGUUUUUUCCCGAGUUCCCAGUUGCCUUGACAGCACCACAAGCAACAGAGCAAACGGGUCGUCACUAGUUACCACAGCCACAAAGUCAUAAACCCCGCCCAUUUCUUUAAUUUAUCUUCUGAAAAUGUGAUUGUAAACAUAACCCUUAACCACACUGCUAACCUUAUGCCUAACGUCAAAUUAAAACCAAAAAGCAUAUUUUUGUUUUCAUUAAUUUAUGGUAUAGCUAAUUUUGACUUUGUGGCUGUGGUAACUAGUGGAAAACGAUAAACACUUUCACCAAAACCUGCACUGAUCACGUGAUCGUGCCAGCUGUACCCAGAUAGAAAGAGAGGCCAGGCCCAACUCGGCGGAAAAUCUGUCUCCCUCCAGCAGGUGGUGGUGUUUCACCCACCAAGCAAGGAGUUUUUUGUAUGGCGGUCAAUGAGUGUCGAAUUUGGUCAACAAAAUUUUUUAUGGCUUAUUUGGUCGAAUAUAAGUUUUGUAAUGCACAAGUUGUUACGAGUGUACUGAUAUAAGUAGGACACGUGACAUCCCGGCAAUUUUGAGAAAAAACACUAUCGGAGUUGUCUCGAGAUGGCUAUGCAUAUUCAUGUAUGAGGCUAGUAGCAUAGCAUCUCUCUAUUGAAUACAGGCGGUUGACGUCGACAACCCUCAUCGAAUAUUCAAGAGAAUAUUACAAUAAUGAGAUGUGUCCACCAAUCCAAAGAAAGGAUAGGCGGCAGCUAGACAGCCCGCUGUACCUCUUUGUGGACAACGACUCCCAUUGUUAGGGCGGAGAGACAUGUAUUUUGUCAGUAUAUCCAUAAUCUUUGCUGUAACAGUUCAAAUAAUUCCAUCACGGACAUUGUAUCCGGUUUCACUAGUUGCCACAAAGUCAAAAUUGGCUAGGCCUAUAUCAAAAUAAUUGAUGAAAACAAAAAUUUGCUUUUUGGUCAACUUGCUUUUUGACAUAAGGUUAGUAGUGUGACUAAAGUUAGGGUUAUGUAAUCAUAUUUUAAGAAGAUAAAUUGUCGAAAUGGGCGGGGUUUAUGACUUUGUGGUUGUGGUAACUAGGGAUCCAGGCGCCGGUGACGCUAGCAAUCUGAUUGGUUGGUCGCACUCACACGAGCACCUCGGCUCAUGCGAGUCUAUGAUAUGGGACGGAGUAAAACGGUCAUUGCCUGUUCAGCAGGAAAAACUAGAGGAUUUGGUGCCAAAACAGGCACGAAUUGAGGAAUCUGAAUUCCUGUAGCUCAGUUGGUAGAGCAUGGCACUUGCAACGCCAGGGUUGUGGGUUCGUUUCCCACGGGGGGGCAGUAUGAAAAUGUAUGCACUCACUAACUGUAAGUCGCUCUGGAUAAGAGCGUCUGCUAAAUGACUAAAAUGUAAUGUGCUAUUUCAUAUUUCACGCAAGCCAAAAUGUAUGCUUUACAAGCAACACUUACUUUAUGGAAGAUGUGGGUGGGGGUGGGUGUAAUCAGACACCUGCUCAGCUCAACAGAUAACUAAAUCCUCUCUAGAACAUAUUAAAUUGGCCAUGAGAUAUUGUAGUAAUAGUCAUAUCAUAGAUGUGAUCUUGUAUUGCUUGGACUGAUAUUAGGUUUAUCACACAUGAUUGUUAUAAAUACACCGGAUAGGUGCAGUGAAAGUUGUUGUUUUACAGGGUUAGCCAUAGUAGUACGGCGUCCCUGGAGCAACUUAGGGUUAAGUGCCUUGCUCAAGGGCACAUAGACAGAACAUUAUCAGCUUGGGUAUUCCAACCAGCAACCUUUCAGUUGCUGACCCUACGCUCUAACUGCUAGGCUACCUGCCACCCUAACAGAUUUGUACAUUUGCCAUAUUCAGCGGGCUAGGUGGAGUUUCCACCAUAUUGCUCACACACCCAGCCGCUUAUUUCAAAUCUACGAGGUAUGACCAAUCAACAAGUGUCAUGGGCUAGGGGUUGAUUUGGGACUGGACAUGAUGAUCAUGCUUUCACCCUAGGUUGGACGGGCGUCAACGAGCACAGCUUCAUAGCUGUGAAACCGGACGGUGUGCACCGGAGGCUGGUGGGAGAGAUCAUCCAACGCUUUGAGAAAAAGGGCUUCAGAUUGGUGGGAAUGAAACUAGUGCAGGUAGGAACACGCACCAUGAUGCACGUCCACCAAACACAUACGGGGAGGAGGAGGAACCACUUCAUUAGACGGUUUAUUAACAUAGUUUAAAACGCGUGUACGCCAUCUUUUCAAAACAAACAGGCAAUAUCCAGCCUUUCCAGAGCAGUGUGAAGGGGGUCACUGGAGAAAUCUUGUAAAAUAUAUUUAAAUAAAAUGUGAUUUGUGUUUGUGAAAGGGGCUUAUGAUAUACUGUCUGUGUUCGAUCUUUCUCUGAUGUGAUGUGGGUGUGUUCGCCAGGCGUCCGAGGACCUCGUGAGAGAGCACUACUGGGACCUGAGAGACAAACCCUUCUUCAAUGGACUGGUGCGCUACAUGAGCUCUGGACCCAUCGUUGCCAUGGUGAGAUAGCAUGCAUACUACUACAUACACAGAUACCCUCUCUCCCUCUCAAGACAUUUUACAUAUUCUAUAAAAAUAGCUGGUUUACACAAUUUUACUGGUUAUCCAGGUUAAUGUGCACAUCCCUAGUUGUGCAAUUGUUCAUCCUGGUGUGUAUGUAUGUGUUUAGGUGUGGCAAGGUCUGGAUGUGGUGAAGAUGUCUCGCAAGAUGCUGGGAGAGACCAACCCUGCAGACUCCCUACCAGGAACCAUCAGAGGAGAUUACUGUGUGGAAGUGGGCCGGUAA